AAGCCUCACUCUUCCCAGACUACCUCAGUUAACUAACAAUGGCGGACGGGGCAAAAAGACAUGUUUCAACGCAAUAUUCGCAUAUGUGUGACUAAAAUUGCUUGAAAAUUUGGAAUGGCUGAAUCAGACAGAAGAAGACGUCCUUUUAAAGUCUGUAACUCUCAGAGAUCAUGCACCAUUGGAAUUGUGGCGGAGAGUUUUGUCGAGAUGAAGGCGAGAGGAAGUGAAAAGCUGAAUAUCGCUCGUGACUGCCGCGUGUUUUUGGAGGAAGAUGGAACCGAAGUUGAUGACGAGGAGUACUUUAGUUUCUUGCCAGAUCAAACCAAGCUGAUGCUUGUGGAGCCGGGAAGCUCGUGGACUUCUAAAAAUGAAGGAACCCAGAUAUGUGUCACACCAGGAUCAUUUGAUGCCAGCAUGGAGCGCAAUGAGAGUUUAGAUGUUGACUUUACAGAUGCCCCAGAGCCAGACAUGGCCCGUAUUGCUCAGCGUAUGCAAAAGGACCCUCUGUUCUUUGUAUCACUCCCUGAAGAUGACCUUAGACUUGCUAUAGGCUUUGAACCAGCUGAACUAGCAGCAGUGCUAGAUAGGCCAGAAAGAGAAGCCAGUUAUUACCAGGAAACAUGCCGUCAAGAGUUGGACAGAAGAACUGAACUACGAGAAGCAACAGAGUUGUUGAAACUUUACGAUAAAGCAGUGAGACAGGAUAUAGGGAAUACUGAACCAGGAGCAAAACGACCAAAAAACUGAUUUGGAAUUUUUUUGUUUCAAAUUCUAUUUUUAUAGAAUCCAUGUUUUAUAAUCUUCCUCAAAAUAUUAAAUACAAUGUGAAAUUUUGUCAGAAGAAACUAUACACAAUGACACUGGUAAACUGGGUGCUCUGAUUGGUUAAGGGCCCAUGUGUUAUUAUAGGAAAAACAAGGCUUGGCUCUUCCCAAAACUAGAUUGCAAUGCAAGAAAAUAUUUUUAUUGAAGUA